AUGUCCGUAGCUGGCCUCACGUCCUUGAGCCGCUGUGGUGUUUUGGCGUUCCGCUCCUCUGCUGGGUUCGUGGCAGUGCGUUCUGCGCAGACAGCAGCUGCUCCAGCAGUACAGCCUCGGAUUAAGAAGUUCCAGGUGUACAGAUGGGACCCAGACACCCCGGGGGACAAGCCUCGCAUGCAGAUCUUCGAAAUCGACCUGAACACAUGUGGCCCAAUGGUACUUGAUGCUCUAAUCAAGAUAAAAAAUGAAAUGGACCCCACAUUGACCUUCCGCCGCUCCUGCAGAGAAGGUAUCUGUGGAUCAUGCGCAAUGAACAUUAAUGGUGGAAACACACUGGCCUGCCUCAACAAGAUUGACAUCAACCUCAGCAAGCCAACCAAGAUUUACCCUCUUCCACAUAUGUAUGUCGUCAAGGACCUGGUGCCUGACAUGAGUAACUUCUACGCUCAGUACAAGUCCAUUGAGCCCUACCUGAAGAAGAAGGAUGAGUCCCAGGAAGGGAAAGAGCAGUACAUGCAGUCUGUGGAGGACAGACAGAAACUGGAUGGGCUGUAUGAGUGCAUCCUAUGUGCAUGCUGUAGCACCAGCUGCCCAAGCUACUGGUGGAACGGAGACAAAUACCUCGGGCCUGCCGUGCUCAUGCAGGCGUACCGUUGGAUGAUCGACUCGAGAGAUGACUUUACGGAGGAGCGUCUGUCCAAGCUGCAGGAUCCGUUUUCUCUGUACCGCUGCCACACCAUCAUGAAUUGCACCAAAACAUGCCCCAAGGGCCUGAACCCGGGGAAAGCCAUAGCAGAGAUCAAGAAGAUGAUGGCCACAUAUAAGGAGAAGAAAGCAGCAGCUGUUUGA